ACUAAGAAUACAAGGGCGUCCAAUGUAAUUCUUCAUUGGGCGUAACAGAGCAACAUAAACCCUCCAAAUCUCCGGUUCCGGCCGGGCAGUGAUAAAAACCUCCGAUUCUCCGGCCAUUUCUGAGCUCCACAGCGGUCCAACAAUGACGAUACACUCAGCGUUAAUCCAGAAACUUCUGAGCACAAACGCGCACCUGGGGAAGCGCGUGGCGCAGAACCACUUCAAGAUCUACUCCGCCGGUUCCCGCAACGCUAUGACCGUCAUCGACUCCGACAAAACCCUAAUCUGCCUCCGCAGCGCCUGCGACUUCAUCGGCAGCCUCGUCCGCGACAGGGCGCGCUUCAUCUUCGUCAACACCAACACGCUCUUCGACGACAUCAUCGACCAGAUGACGAAGACCAUCGGCUGCCGCAACGACACCUCCUGGCGUCUCGGGGGCUUUUUGACGAACAGCUCGAGCCCGCGGAAGUUCAGAAGCCGCAAGAAGAAGUUCAACCUUACUUCCGUCCAGGCCCCCGAUUGCGUCGUGAUUUUCGACACUGACAGGAAAUCUUCCGUCAUUGAGGAGGCUUCUAGGCUGCAGAUUCCCAUCGUCGGGCUGGUUGACUCCAGCACACCCUGGGAUACUUAUAAGAAGAUCACAUACCCUAUACCGGCCAAUGACUCGGUUCAAUUUGUCUAUUUGUUCUGCAAUUUGAUCACCAAGACAUUCCUUCAUGAACAGAAGAAGCUCAAUGCUGCUGGCACCCGAGAGGAUGUUCAAUUCCUUGACCAAUGCAAGACGGCUGCUACCAAGGACAAAGUAUCUGUUCUCCCUUAUGAGAACUUAGAACCGCUUUCUGAGGAUCUUUCUGAAACUAAACAGCUAUUGGACAAACUUGUUGUUUUGAACUUCAGUGGUAAUUUGGGUACAGAUAUGGGCUCCAAUAAGACAAAAUGUGCUAAUGAAAUAUCUGACGAGAUGGCAUGUUUGGAUGUAAUUAUCAAUAAUAUUGAGUCUCUCAAUUCAAAAUAUGGCUGCAAUAUCCCUUUGCUUCUGAUGAGCACAGUAAACACCGAAAAGGGUAUCCAGAAGGUCUUGGCAAAACAUUCUAAUAAAAACAUCUACUCCUUGCUUCAGCAUCAUGAAGAAACUAGUGGUAAUGAUGUGCAUCAGCAGUCUCAAAAACCAAGUCCCAAGGAUGAAUUAUAUCCUUCCAAUCUGAAUGAGGUUUUCAUUUCCUUGAAGAAGAGUUGGAAACUUGAUGUGCUAUUGUCCCAGGGUAAAGAGUAUAUCCUUCUGGUGCAGCCAGACAACCUUGCUGAUUUGGUUGAUCCAAAAAUCCUAAGUCAUCUGAUUAGAAACAAUAUCCAAUACUGCGUUGAGGUGUUGCCUACAACUUUCGGUGCGGAAAAUAGCGACUUUGCUCGUGAACAAAAGGUUCAGGUGGAGGAUUUGAAGUCUACUAAGAAACUGUGGAUGAAUAUGAAUCUCAUUGAAUCACUAGCAAGAAGAACUUCGCUGAAUUUCUCGAUAUCAGAGUUUCUAAAUCGGCCCUUCGCUGUUGCUGUUCCAAAACCAGAAGUUGACUGCGUUUGAGAAGAGUACCACGGAGUACUUUUUUUUUUACCCCGGCGUAGAUUAGCUGCUGGAUUAUUAUUAUUAUUAUUAUUAUUAUUGAAGAAUUUGUAUAAUGUGUGACGCGCGGUGCAUAAUUGAUUAUGCACCGUGGUAUUACUCAAUCUCGUAGGCGGUCGCAAUCACUAUUCGACGAUGUAUCUAUGCCUUAUGAGUUAUGACCCUAGUUCCUAUUGGUAGUUGAACUUGUAACCUUAUAGAUAAUAUGACACAUUUUUUAAUUAAGAUGGCCGAGUAUAUUGGGGGUGUUUGGUAAA